UCUGGCCGAAUUGACUUUGCAAAAUCAUCAGUGCGAAUUGCCACUGUCGCCAUAAUCGCGUACGACUGGAUUCCUGCUCUAGAGUUCCCAGCAUAGCUCAUGCGCUCAGUCGCCAGAAGAAGCACAGUCCGACGGAGCACGAGGAUUGUGAAAGCCAUGUCCCUUUCCAGACGUUGCGCCAAUUUUUCGUUCAAUAGCCAAUAACAAUGUCCGGGAACAACUCUGCAGCCAGCUCUCCUUCGUCACCUGGACUGGGCAUCACAGGUGGCUAUGAAGGCGAUAGCCUGGCCGUCAAGGUCAUCAUCGCCUUCUUCCUCUCACUGGCCAUGUACAAUGUCAUCGAGCUCCAGAUAAUGGUGUUUGGCACCUUCAACAAGUUCAAAGGCCUUUAUUUCUGGAGUUUGGUUAUUUCAGGACUCGGCAUAAUACCAUACGCCUUGGGUUUUCUAUUCAAGUAUUUCUCGAUACUCAAGGGCGGAGGGAAAUGGUUUUCUGUCUUCCUCCUGUCCAUCGGCUGGUAUCCUAUGGUGACUGGCCAAGCCAUUGUUUUGUGGUCAAGAUUACAUCUUAUUGUCACCGGAGAAAAGGGCGAUAAAAUUCUCAGAUGGACAAAAUGGAUGAUCAUUAUCAAUGCAAUCUGUUUGCACAUACCAACAACCGUUCUCACCUUUGGCUCAAACAGCGAUACCGACACCCAGACCUUUGUGCGCGGGUACAAUGUUAUGGAGAAGGUGCAGAUGUGUGGUUUCUUUCUUCAAGAAGUUAUUCUUUCGACCAUCUACAUCAUCGAGACGGUGCGAAUCCUGCAGACUUCAGUACAAGAAAAUACUCGACGACUGAUGUACCAGCUUAUGGCGAUCAACGUCCUCAUCAUCAUUAUGGACGUUGGCCUGUUGGGUCUUGAAUGUGCGUCACUGUACAUCCUCGAGACGACAAUCAAACCGGUCUUCUACUCGAUCAAGCUUAAGCUCGAAUUCGCCAUCCUUGGAAGACUUGUCAAGUUUGUUGGAGGCCCUAGACAGGGCAGUAAUCGACGUCCAUCGAUAACGAUUCCUGGAAGCGCCGAAAAACGCAAUUCAUCUGCAUUGAGUCGAGUGGAUGAAAACGACAUUUCUGAUUUUGUGGAUCUAACCAAAAUCAAGACCGACGUCACGCGGGCUUCUCAUCCACGAAAUCGAAGCACCUCUCUUCGUCGUAAUGGGGAAGACUAUGACAUCGAUCUCGAGAUUGCCAGACUUGAGCAUGUUGAUACUCUACCAUCACAAAACCCGAUCCCUAAUGGACAUGCAAAUGGACCCGGUUGAGGAUGCCAGCUGGAAUGUUGACACUUUAUGCAGAGAAGCGUUUGCUAGCUGCUGCAUGUAUGUGCAAGAACUAUUGCGGCAUACAUUAUGUUGCUCUGAACCACACUAGACUAUUGGCGACAAGCCUCGCCAAGUAGGCUUUCGCUGGUUCUUCACGGCACAAGGCCAUGCUUCAUCCACCUCCAGAGCCUCUCACCAGGUCAGGUCUUCGUCGACCUUCGGGCCUUGAAGAAAUCUUUCAUGGAGUCAGUGACGCUCAUUCGUCGGCUACUCCAGCUACUUGAGGGGGUGUCGUUAAUGCUCAAUGCAAGGCUGUCUCGACGUUUAUUGAUGUUGGCGAUGCUUUGUCGACGUAUAUUAUCGUUGUUUUGACGAGCUUCUUCGAUCUCAGCUUCUGUCGGAUGGUGUUUGUUGGCAAAGCCACCUGGGAUAAAUCAGCAUGGUGAUAGACAAGCAUGCACCGACUACCGAAGGAAAAAGUGCCAACCUAUACCAGUGUAAUAACUAUCGCCAGAUAGCACUAUACCUGGCGCUUGCAUAUCAUACAACAAGCGAGCGGUCUCCUCGACGUCAUUUUGCCUCUCAAGCUGGUUAGCCAUAUUGAUGUUGCCAGAUCCUCCGAUGCCUGUGCUGAAUCUGCGCGAGCCAAAUUCUUGCCGGAAAGAUUGAGGGUCGGUGGUAUGACUUGGACACCGGAUGUCUCUUUUUGAGGAAUCUACGACAUUUCCUAGUUUGACUCGUUAUGGCUCGUGUGGCUAGAGAUCAAGGAGACAAGACGUACCUGCACCACCAAUCCCAACAUGUACGAAAACUUUGUCGCCAUUAGCUGCAACCAUUGCUGUUCUUUCGGAAUUGAGUAUGAACUCUCAAGUCACGAGUAGUAUUGUGCUCACAACGCUACUGCAGAAUACGCUUGUUUGCUCAAGAUGUGAGUGAGAAGUGGUACAUGGCUAGUAUCCUGAAACGCAGCGACCCGUCGCAGAAGAGGUCAUCUAAGUGCGCUGUGACCAACUCAAGCGCGACGCACAUUAGCAUUAAUGCUGCCGUUGAGCUGACGACAUCACCCACUACGACCGUUCCUUGAACAGUCUAGAAUGCUUUGUUUAAAACUGGCUCGGAGUGGUCAGAGAUAAGCAUGGAAGAAGAAACACAAAUUUGACCAAUAGGUGGUGGCUUCUGGCACACCAUGGUGAUUGCCCUGCAGGGGACAAAUUUGCCAUCGAGGUCAAUCGCGAAUGCACAGUCCACGUUUUCGAACAAUGAAGGAUACGGAAAUGAGGUCGCUCUAAUCACCACAGUGUACCGCCCUCUUUUGAUCGACUUUGACGACAGGAACCUUUGCCAACAAAAGUUGUAUAAACUCGACUCGACGAAAUGUCAAGCUAUGAGUUUGAGAGCGGUCCGACCUGUCAUGAGACCUUUGAGCGAAGUUUGCUUUGCACCCCGAGUACCCCGGAUUCAGGUUCUCCAAGCGUGUGGCUUGAGACGAGCGG